AACACACAGAUAGGUAAAUAAACGCAACCUCUCUGUUGCUACGCUGUAUGCAGCACGAUGCUAAGUAGAUGAGAAUUAAAUCAAAUACACUGUACACCCGGAGGGAAAACUACCUGUUUAUCUCACAGUCACUCAGAUAUCUUCAUAGUUCGCACUACGAGAAAUACAUGAUCAUCCCAAAGACUACAGCGAGACUGAAUGAAUGAAUUCAUGAUGGUAAGACCAGACUGACUUCCUCGGUGUAACAAAUGAACUUAGAACAGCGAUUUAAAGCGAUAGAAACGCGUACAGGAUAACGUUACUUAAAUCAAAACAAAUUAACAUGUAAUCAAAGUAAUCAUCACAGUCACGUAUUACCUGUCCGUUUACAAAUAUAAUCUAACGUUAGUCUCUUGUGAAUUGAUUCGUGUCAGACGAAGCGGCGUCAUGUAAGUUAGUGAGUAUGGAGAAAUAAACAAACAUGCUGAUGGUUAAAUGUACUCUGCUCACCAAAAUGACUUUUGUGCUGCUCCGAUGGAGAAGCCUGUCACAGCUAAACAAGACUUUAUCUAGUUAGCACCUUUACUGAUGUGGACGCUUUCUCUGUGGAGAUGGAGGAGGGAGACUCAAAAUUUACAAAGCGCCAGGAUGCCAGAACCUCUCUUCCUCAGUUUGAGGAUGAAAGGCCUCUCUUUCACAGUAAUCAGACGCCACCAGGUCCUUCGGAGCCAUUUCUGCUGUCAGGAAAUGAUGUAAAAGUUCCGUACACCAUCAAUCGUUAUUUACGUGACUACCAGCGAGAAGGCAUACAAUUCAUCUAUCAUAACUAUGCCAAAUCUAGAGGAUGCAUUUUAGGUGAUGACAUGGGUCUUGGAAAGACUGUUCAGGUCAUCGGCUUCCUGGCUGCAGUUCUGCGGAAAACGGGUACAUGGAAAGACGUUGAAAACAAUAAGCCACAGUUUUUGCUGUCACAGAAGCCAUCAGAACAAGUUCAGAAGGUUUUCCUCAUUGUGGCUCCGCUCUCUGUUCUCUAUAACUGGAAAGAUGAGUUAGACACGUGGGGUCAUUUCAGGGUCGUGGUCGUGCAUGGUGUGAGGAAGGAUGAAGAAUUGGCGCGAGUGCAGAGAGGAAGAUGUGAGAUUGCUCUGACAACUUAUGAGACCCUUAGACUCUGUUUGGACCAGUUUAACAGUAUUGAUUGGGAUGCUGUUAUCGUUGAUGAAGCUCACAAAAUAAAGAACCCAAAGUCCCAGAUCACUCAGGCCAUGAAGGACAUGAGAUGUGAAGUGAGGGUUGGACUGACCGGAACAAUCCUUCAGAACAACCUGGAGGAAUUGUGGUGUGUUAUGGACUGGGCCAUUCCUGGAUGCCUGGGUUCUCCGGUUGGUUUUAAAAACAGGUUUUCGGACCCCAUUGAGCUUGGACAAAAGCACACCGUGACAAAAAGAGCUCUAGCAGAAGGCCGUAAAGCAGUUCAGGAGCUUGCCAAAAGCCUCUCGCACUGGUUCCUCAGGAGAACAAAGGCCCUCAUCAGUGACCAGCUACCUAAGAAAGAUGAUCGAGUGGUCUAUUGCUCUCUCACAGACUUCCAGCGGAAGGUGUAUCGUGCCGUGCUGGACACAGAAGAUGUGACCCUGUUGUUGCAGAGCUCAGGAAAGUGUCACUGUGGCAGUGGCCGUCCACGGAAGAAGUGCUGCUACAAACUGAACGCAAACGGUGUGCCGGUUAGAUACCUGUACUUCAGUUACCUGGCUAUCCUCAGAAAGGUGGCCAAUCAUGUUGCACUACUGCAGUCCAAAGAAGGAACCAGCAAAAAACAGGAGAAAUAUGUGACAGCCAUUUGUGAACAAGUUUUUAGGAAAUUUCCAGAUUUCACAGGGAGGUGCAAACAAGCAGCCUUUGAAGCAAUGUCUGACCCCGUGUACAGUGGAAAAAUGAAGGUUCUGCAAAAGCUACUCAACCACUUUAUCGCAAAGAAAGACAAAGUUCUACUCUUCUCUCUCUCCACCAAGCUGUUAGAUAUUCUAGAAAGCUAUUGCAUGGCCGAGGGUCUGGAGUACCACAGACUGGAUGGAAACACCAAGGCUAAAGACCGGGUUAAGAUAGUGAAAGAGUUCAACAGCUCUCGGGAUGUCAACCUGUGUCUGGUGUCUACCUUGGCGGGUGGGCUUGGUCUCAACUUCGUUGGAGCUAAUGUUGUUUUGUUGUUUGAUCCAACAUGGAAUCCUGCCAGUGAUCUUCAGGCUAUUGACAGGGUGUAUCGUAUUGGCCAAUGCAGGGAUGUGACCGUUUUCAGACUUAUCUCUUUAGGAACAGUAGAGGAGAUCAUAUACCUUCGCCAGAUUUAUAAACAGCAACUUCAGUCAUCAGUCAUAGGCCGGGAGAAUGCUAGACGCUACUUUGAGGCUGUUCAGGGAACCGAAGGCCAGGCAGGAGAGCUGUUUGGCAUCCGAAACCUUUUUCGUCUGCAGACUGAUGGCACCUGUCUUACUCACCGCAUCCUGGAGAGGGAGGGCCGAGUGGAGGUGGGGAUCACGACGGCCAGAACUCAAGCUCUGGACGAGAGGUUGCAGGAGCCAGAUCUUCAGUCAGCAGAUGCUGCUACUGAGAGAGCAGGUGUAUCUGCUGGUGCUGGGUUUAAACCCGCUGGAGUGUUGGACUUCAGCAGUGCAAGUGAGGAUGAAGAUCCCUGCUGCUCCAGGCCCAGGCCCUCAGCAGCACACACAGGAGAAGAGGGGGGAGCUGGUACUGCCUGCAUUGGCAAUAUGGGCCUGUAUGGUCUGCUUCAGAGACAUUUGGCUCGGAGAGAACGGCAGGAGACGGACAGUGACGAGGACAACUGUGAAAAACCCACCAUGAUUAAGGGACAAACAUCUAAGACACGGGAUCUGUUCGUUGAAUCCAAGGAAAUGUUGGAGGGAGUCACUGAUAGUAAACAGCAGAAAAAAUCAGCAAAACUUGAGCUCCCUCCAACAAGUUCACUUAAACACAACAAAGACAGCAUGACCGCUUGCAAGAAUCGUUUUCACAAAAGGGUGAAGUUUGCAGAAAAAAGAUCUGAAGAUGAAAGUUUUACCUCAUCAGAAGAUGAAGUUCCCCAGAAAGGCAUGAGAUGUAUGAAGGGCCGAAACUCAGGAUCUGACAAAACCCAAUCCAGAGAUGAAGAAAACACUCAAACACUGGACUCAUUAUUAGGUGGUCUUCAGCACGUGAGCUACACCCACUCUAAUCAGAAGGUAGUGGGCUCCAGCAGAGCAGAAGACCACCUGAGCCGUGCUGCAGUACGAGAUGUGUUUGAACUCAACAAGCACUCGCAGCUUCUUGCAAACCAGCUUCCAGACUCAUCAGAGACCCAGUCAUCUGAUCCCGUACUACACACAGAUCAUGUUGAUGGAGAUCGGACACUGCAGGAAUAUGGCAGACCCUACAAUGAACAUCCGGUCAAACACAACAUCAAAACCUCUUACCGCCUGAACAAUGUCACUGUCAUAGUGGGCGAGACACCCAGUAGCAUGUGCAGACAGCAGUUGGAAGACAUGGCUCAGUUCUUUGGAUUCAACUCUGUGCGGGACUUUGCAGAAGAGAUUCUGAAGAACGAUUCAGAGCAGAGACUUAGCCGAUUAAGGAGCUUCUACAGCCAGAAGAGCCCUGAACUUAAAAACAUCAUCAGAAAGACCUUUCCUAAAGCCAUCGAGCCAGAACCACCACCUCCGUCUACAGCCAGACAAAGACCUACCUCAAAAAGAGCCCACCCAAUCUCCCCUCUUAAAACUCAAGUUGAGGUGCCAACCCCCGAGGUCGAGGAUGGAAGAAAAACAUUAAAGAAAAAGAAAGUGGGUGAAACAGAAACCUCUGAGGUUCACCUUCAUUGCAGUACAGACCUCACACACAAUAAAAUUAAGAUGCCCUCCACAGACAAAUUCUCAUCAUCGACUUCUGGACAUGUUCCUCAAAAGAGCUGUGCACCAGUAGAAGAAAGUAAAACCAAUAUAACUACUUCCUCACAAGCUUUCAAGGACAAGGAAUACGCUUCACGGUCAUCUCGUGUCUCCACAGAUGGUUGUGUUGCAUCAAGCUCCACCCAGACCAACAGCUCCAACCAAAUCACUGACCUUAUAGGUGACACUUCCAUCCUGGAUGACUUGUUCAAGCCAAAGAGGAAAACUGUGGACCAAGCUAGAGAUGUAAAAGCAUCCACGUGCACAGAAAGAGCAAAAAGUAAAGGAAAAGACUUUUGGGACAUUUUGAAUGAAGGAAAUGAGGAGAGCAUUAACAAGCUCACAGAUCUGACAGAGGUGGAGAAGAUCUGUAACAGUGCCAGUGUCUCUGCAAAGUCUAAGAGUAAUCAGAAAACCGAAAGCUCGCAACUUUGGAAAAAAAAUGAGAAAUUUCUCUGGAAACGAUAGAUUUCAAAUUCCUUCAACAUUGUGUUUCUUUUUUAUUUUAUUCAGAUUUUUUUAUUGCAAGUGCAGGCUUUUUAUUUAAGUCCAUUUGUUUUUAUUUUUUAUUGUUUUUAUUUUCUCGGGAUUCAGUAGGUUUCACAGAAUAAUUGACUGUCAUUUAAUGCUUUUAUUCUUGUUUAAUUAAUGAUUUAGAGUUCAUGUUUUGAUCAAGGGACAAGGAUGCAAUUAAAUUUUUUCCCAUAAAAGGAUAAUUUAGAUAUAGAAAAAAAAAAAAUAUUACAAUAAAGUAACAUUAACAGAGAUGGUUCAUUGGUGGUUUCAUUACAUAAUUUGAAAUUUUUUGGAAAAACUAAGAAAGUAAUGUGUAAUUGUAAUAUUAAAUUCAAAUAGAAUUAAUAAAAAAUUAUUUUUAACAAUGUAUAUUUAAAAACUUUCAAUAUAACGAGCUUAAGGGACGUUGAAUGUUACUUAAUUUUUUAUUUUAUUUCAUUAAAUAUUUUAUAGUAUUUAUAUUGUAAUUGGAAAGCGUGCAACAACUUUUUCUUUUUUUCCCCACAACUGCCUCUCGUUUCAGGCAGUUAAAUGGCUUAAAUAGUUGGUGGUCUUAGACCUCAGACCAAAAAGUGGCGUAAAUAGUUUUGAAGAAGUAGUGUAAUUGCUUUGAUGAAGUGGCAUGAAUCUCUCUCACCGCAGUCUCUCUUUCUUGGAAGCUUAAGGCCGCUGCUGCUCGUUUCAUCUCAUCUGCUGUGAGUCGCAGAACUCAGCGCUUGUUGCUAUCCUCAUUACAGCUGCAUUUUAAGUCUUGGAAGUGCAUUAGCGGUGGCACUACGAGAGAAAUGAGACGUGUGACCUGCAGCUGUCUUCUCACAUCACUCAGUUGUUGCACUGAGGUAAACAGAGGGUCUCCGGGGGGGUAUGGGUAGGAUUUUCACUCUUGAUCUCCUCUUAAAUGCUGAAAUUAGAAAGUGUUGAUAGCCAUUAAUUCAAACCAUGACAAGUUGGGGCUACAACAGGACACUUCAGACAGCCUCCAAACUUCUGGGAGGUAGAACAAGGAUGGCAUAUUGUCUUCACGCAACAUUUGCCGCAAGUGUUCGGGUGGUUGGUUUACAAAGAAUGAUAAUACCUUUCUGAGAGCUGUAGAUUCUUAUCUGUACCGUAAAGGCCUUUCAAAAUGCACUAAAGGAGUAGGGUGGAGUUACUUCUAGAACUGGUUUCUAAAUUGCUCUUCAGUUUUUACUGUAUGUUCCUGAUCAUCAGUACUGGAGGAAAUUGGUUUGUCAUUUAUGUGGAUUUAAAAAUA